UGUAAUAACUGUUAAAACGAACUUCUUAAUAAGCGUCGCCGCCGCCGCCGCCGCCGCCGAGGACAUGUCGGUUAUGUCGGCACCACUGUCAUGCAUCUCCAUCUCCGACAAAUGCAACGCAAUGCCGGAGCUCCGGCAAGUGCAUGCCCAUUUGAUCAAAUCCAAUCUCAUCUCCUCCUUCUCCGCCCCUGUGUGUGGUAUUUUGUUGGCUUUUGAUGAAGGUCUGCAAAUUCAUGGCCAGAUUUUGAAAGGUUGUUUGCAAGAUGACCCGUUUGUGGCCAAUUCUCUUCUCAGGAUGUACUUGGAUUGGGGUCAGCUGGAACUCGCCGGACAAGUGCUUGAUAAAAUGCCAAACAGAGAUGUAAUAUCUUGGAGUUCAAUGAUUUCAGGCUGUGUGAAGGUGGGGGAUAUCAAUCUUGCUCGAAAGCUAUUCGAUGAAAUGCCUGAUAAGGAUGUUGUCGCGUGUAAUUCGAUGAUUGAUGGCCUUAUGAAGUGUGGAAUGUGCAAGGAUGCUGAGGACUUGUUUGAAUGCAUGAAUGUUAGAGAUGUUAUUUCUUGGACAGCCAUGAUUUCUGGUUAUGUGCAUAAUGGCUGUCCAAAUGCAGCAAUGGAGCUCUUCAGAAGGAUGUUCAAUUCCGGUCUUCAUCCAGAUGUGGUUGCUCUUGUAAAUGUGCUCUCUGCCAUUGCUGAAUUGGGCUUUUCUGAUGAAGGGAGAUGGAUUCAUGCUUAUAUUCAUCGAAGCAACAUUAAGUUAUCAUCAGGGAACAUUGGGCCAGCUCUCAUUGACAUGUACUUCAAGUGUGGCCUUGUGAGUGAUGCUUGCAAUGCCUUUUAA